AUGCGAAAGCACAAAUUUUACAUGCGAAACAGAUGGAUUGUGUUUCGCAUCGACAUCCUUAGAAAAAUCGACAGGGAUUCUCAGGCACUCAUACAGAAAAAUUUCCUUCUUGGCCACGAGAGUAGAUGGUGUACUCGACCAUCAAUUGUUCCCGACCAAUCCUCUGUGUUAUGUUGUGAAGAUUCAGAUUGGUGCAAUUUAAAACUUAUGCCAACAUUAGCUAGCGACGAAAGUACCCCUUCAGUAACCCUGAACACAGCUGUACUCUGUUUGCCCCCUUUUUUCUUUCUUUAA